CCCCACGACGACGCGCACAAUGGCUUCCCUCACGCGCCCGGCCCUCGUGCCCCAGUGCACCGCAUGCAUCCGGCGCGCCACGCUGCGGACGCUCGACGCGCGGGGGACGCUGCAGCAGCAGCAGCAGCAGCAGCAGACGCGCGCCCUCUCCAAGGCGGCCAAAGAGGCAGAGCGCAACAUUGUCGUCAAGCUGCUCCAGGACGUGCCCAGGUUUGGCCGCGCAGGCUCCUACGUGCCCCUCAACCCCUCGCUGAUGCGCAAUCGCUGGUUCCCCGCCCGCAUUGCCGACUAUGUGCCCAUCGCGCAGCUCAAGCAGCUCCAGGCCCACGACGUCGACAUGGCCCGCGACGCCACCUUUGGCGUGAGGCUGAAUCUCGAGGAGGCUGCCGACGACGACGAUGGGCCGGCGACGCAGCCCAAGCGCUACGUGCGGCCCAUUGAGAUUGAUGUGCUCAGUCCCCACCGGUCCAUGGAGCUCCUCGAUACCUUUGUGCCGCCGACGAUUGACUUUUACCGCCAGCGCAUCGAACAGGAGGCUCCGCGAGAGCGCGUGGGCGCAUCGGGGGCGGCAGACAUCCUGACGGCAGCGGCCAUGAACCGGGCAAAGACACCGGCCAAUGCCAUAUACGGGUCUGUUUCGACGGCGGAUCUGGUAGCCACCAUCAAGGGCGCGCUGGCGCACAACGACGAGGCAGCGCGCGUGAUUCUCAACGAGGCCGACGUCAGGUUCGUGUCAGGGCAUGACGAGGGCGAUGCGUCGCGCGUGAAGCAGCUGGGCACGUUCAAGGCCGAGAUACGGAUAGCGGGCGCCGACGAGGCUCUGGUGCGCAACGUCCGCGUCAGGGCGAAGGAGACGGAGGCAUAGGCGGCGGCAUAGGCGGAGGCAUAGGCGGCGUCUACCCACGGGGCUGCAGGUAGUCACAAGGCUUCUCUCCCCCUCCGCCUGUCGACUGUCCGGCAAGGCCCAGAACCUCGGGAAACGAGCGCUACUCGGCGGCGUAUAGGCAGAUGCAGAGGGCUGGCUGUAGGCGUACCAUGCACAUGACUUGGCUUCCGCAUAUCGGAA